AUGGUUAUUCUUCUUUUCUUACCUCCUGUAGCUGAUGACUGUAGUUCCCACUGUGAUCUGGCCCACGGCUGUUGUGAGCCUGACGGCACGUGCAGGUGUGACCCUGGCUGGGAGGGAUUACACUGUGAGCGGUGUGUCAGGAUGCCUGGCUGCCAGCAUGGCACCUGCCACCAACCCUGGCAGUGUAUCUGCAGUAAUGGCUGGGCAGGCAAAUUCUGUGACAAAGAUGAGUAUAUCUGCACCAAGCAGCCACCCUGCCAGAAUGGAGGGAAGUGUGUGUAUGAAGGGGAUGGAGAAUACCACUGUGUGUGCCCACCAGGCUUCCACGGGCACAAUUGUGAGCGCAAGACUGGGCCCUGUGAGCAUGCUGGAUCUCCUUGCCGGAAUGGUGGGCAGUGCCAAGAUGAUCAAGGAUUUGCAGAGAACUUUACAUGCCGCUGCUUGGCAGGCUUUGUGGGUCCACACUGUGAGGUCAAUGUGGAUGACUGCCUAAUGAGGCCCUGUGCCAAUGGUGCCACCUGUCACGACGGCAUCAACCGCUUCUCCUGCCACUGCCCUGAAGGCUUUGCUGGCCGAUUCUGCACUGUCAACCUGGAUGACUGUGCCAGCCGACCGUGCCAGCAUGGUGCCCGCUGCCGGGACCGAGUCCAUGACUUUGACUGCCUCUGCCCCGAUGGCUAUGGGGGCAAGACAUGUGAGAUUGUCCUCCCAGCCCUGGACCUCCCCACAGAGCCAGACAGUGCCCCUGGUCCCACCUCUGCAGCUGUGGUUCCUUUCACGGUACCAGCCCCCUUCAGCGUGGGCGCAGGGCUACUGAGGAUCUCAGUGAAGGAGGUAGUACGGCGACAAGAGGCAGGGAUAGGGGAUUCAAGCCUGAUUGUUUUGUUCAUAUUUGGGGCGAUCACUCUUACUGGGGUCUUUGGCACAGGGCUGGUGAUUUUUUGGGUACGACGCCAUGGCCACUGCCCCACUGGACCCUGCUGCUGCCCUUACCACCAGUAUGCCCCACCCCCUGAGCGACAUGACCGGGAGUGCCAGGUCAGCAUGCUCCCGUCUGGGAUCUCCCCCCCACCUGGCUCCCCAUCUGAGCCUGGCAAGACCACGGCAUUGUGAUGAGGGUUGGAGGGGGGCAGAAUGGGGCUCCCUCUCCAUCUCCUCCUCUUCUCAUAUCUCCUACCCUUCAGAGACCGUUGUGGGCUUCCCCAGACCCACCCCCUGCCCCUGAGGUGUCUUAGCCUCACACCAGAAAUGCUAUUUUUUUAAAUAUACAGAUA